AUGCUUUCCUCCAUCAAGCCUGCCAUUGCGCAGCUGCAAUUGCUCCGUCCCCUCCUACGCGCCGCUGAUCCGGUGCUGUAUCGGCAUUUGCCCAAGAAUCAGCCGUCCUUUGCCCUCGCUGGGACCAUUACCAUGUUUGCCCACGUCAUACAGGAUUACAACGACAUCACGAGACUAUUUGACUUCUUCCUGGCACGCCAUGCCGUCAUGCCCGUCUACAUGUUUGCAGCGAUCGUGCUCUCCAAGCGGGAGGAAUUGCUCGAGAUUGAGCAAGAGGACGAGGACAUCUUGUUCGUCACGCUCGGCAGAAUACCCCAGCCCUUUGAUGUCGAGUUCCACAUUGCCCGCACCGUCGAGCUCUAUGAGCGACUACCACCAGCCUCUCUCCACAGCUGGGAGUGGUGGAGUAUCUCUUCUGCAAGCGUGCUCAAGGCCUCUGCCACAAAUCUCAGCAUGCGCCAACUAUCUCUCCAAGAUGGCGAAGAGCUGUUCGCACAACAGGAGCGCCAUCUCCAGCGACAGUUGGCCCUGGAAAAGGCAGGGAAGCAGCUCAGACAUUUCAGGAUUCAACUAUGGUACUAUCGCCGCUACGGAGCCGUCGGCUUGGCCAUUUUGGUCGGCGCUUGUGCUGUCUGGCUCGGCAGGAACGGAGGCGGUGCACGAUAUCCAAUGCUCCACUCCUUUGGCGGCCUUUUGUCGAGGUUCCUCGGCGGUCCAUGA